CCCUUAAAAACCGCUGUCCGAGAAUCUGUUUUUCUUUGAUGCCUACACUGUCGGUCACGUUUCCUCUUUUGAAAAUAUGUAUGACGGCUUGCAUUUUCCAUGGAAACCGAGGGGACCGUUUUGCUCUUCUUCCACGUGUUUAUUGUAUAGAACACGAUUAUCGUGAAUUACUGAUUCCGAUACAUACCCCUCACUCCAUUAAAGGGUCACGGACACCUCUGUGCCUUUUUCCGUUGCUAGUCUAAAACGUGACGUGCUUGAUUUACAUUAGCUUUCCUCGCGCAUUACCGUUAACUUCGCGCCUCCUCGGUGUGUUUCUGCCCACUGACCUCCCGCGCGGCUCUUGCGUUUCUCCGGAAGGAUUGGCAACGCGCGCGCCUUGUGCCCGGUGGAUGACUGAAUGCGGAGCCGUGUGUGUGUGAGUGUGUGUGUUUCUUCUAACUAGCGCCUUAACACACGCAACAGAAUUCCUCCAGUCUUCAACGCGGCUGAACGUAAGAGAGGGAAGGGGAGACGACACCGCGACAGAAAAAGAUAUGACAACGUAACAUCUAUUCUACUCAGUGAAUAGCGGUUGCUGUCUAGUGUUGUGGUCAUUGGGGAGAUUUUCUGCGAACGAAGCAAACCAACGUAGCGCAACGUAAAGACUAUAGGCAGCCAGCCGGCAGCAUUUUUGCAGAGAAUACACUCGCUGCAUUUCCAGUCUACAUUAAACGGGGACGUUGAACGGAAAGGGGGAAGAAAGCCCUGGGAGGAUUUUUGUGAGGAGCCUGUUGCCGUAGGCAACACAAUAACUGUAAUCAGAAUCCUGCUGGCACCCCACCCGCCACUCAAGCUCUGCCCCGCCCACAACCACUCCCCUGCCCCUCCUCCCCGAGCUUCCAUCUCUCCUGAUGUAUUAAAGCACACCUGGGUGAGCACAAGCGCUUUUUUUAUAAACUCUAACGGAGAACUUUCCAGAACAGUGGUUCCCAAACCGUGGGCCAGAACCCAGCUGGUGGGCUGAGGGAGGGUCAGGGCUGGGUCGCAAGGGUUUGAUGGAGAGCUGGUCGGAUGACAGCUGGAACUGUAGUGAUAACCGGAGGAAUUCUGGCUGCAGUGAUACUCCUGUUUAUCAUAGCAGUCCUCUGCUACUGUCGGCUCCAGUAUUAUUGCUGUAAGCACAAUGCUUCUGAACAGGACUCCUGCUCUUAUGGGGACCCCCAGGCCCAGUUCGCCUGCAACGCCUGCAGCGCCCCGGGGGUGGAUGGGGCGGCCGUCACGCCCCUGUGCCUGCCCCCCAACCCCGCCCCGCCUCACAGCUACUGCCCCACCUGCUCCCCGUACGGGAACCCCUUCUACAUCCGCGCGGCGGGGGACGUGCGGAACGGGGGCGAGCGCCUGGCCUACGGCCCCGCCCACUACGAGAAUCGGGCGCUGUCCCUCGCCAUGUCUGCCGUGCGGACGCCGCCACUGAGCGCCCGCGCGCCUCCGGACUGCUACGCCAACACGCGCGCGUUCAGCACCGAGGUCUGACCCACACCCCCCCCAUCGGACCCCCCGGGCCCCCCGUCCCCCUUUUAGGGGUCCCAGUCGUGCUAUGCUUGUGGACCUCGCCUCCUGGACCCUGCCCGGAGCGCCUCGCUGUGGGGCCCCCACGCCCUGGACCGUCCUGAAUGCCCUGGACGGGCGAAAUCGGCAACCUGGAGAACCUCACACCCGGUGCGGGGCGGGGCGGGGCGGGGCGGG